AUGAGUGCGCCGGCGGCAGCAACGCACCAGGUGGAAGGCUUCCGUGUGACACGGCCAACAAAAGUGCUGGGACUCAAUGAUCUGCGGGACAACAAAGGAGCGCGCAAGAUCAAGAAGCGCCUGGGACGCGGUCACGGCUCAGGCCACGGAAAAACUAGUGGACGCGGACAAAAGGGUCAGAACUCACGUGCGGGUAAUGGUAAGCCGGGCCCCGGCUUUGAGGGAGGCCAAACGCCCCUUAUGCGGGUGUUCCCGAAGCGCGGGUUCAAGAACGCAUUCAGGCGCGAGCUGCAGCCGCUGAAUCUCGAUCGGAUCCAGCAUUGGAUCAACACGGGCCGGUUGGACGCAUCAAAGCCUAUCACUUUGAAGCAGAUUUAUGACUCUAAUUUGAUCAGGUUCACCGAUGGUGUCUCGUUGCUUGCGCGUGGGUCGGAGGUUUUGACGACACCGAUCACCCUGGAGGUGUCGAGGGCUAGCCAGAUGGCGAUCAAGAGGGUCGAGGAGAUUGGGGGCAAGGUCGUCUGUGUUUACCAUAAUAAGCUGGCCAUGCGCGCGCUGCUGCAUCCCGAGAAGUUUGCCGUACUGCCAAAGUCUGCCAUGCCUGCGACCACCAAGAUGAAGCGCUUGUAUGCGGAUCCCGAGCGCAGAGGCUUUUUGGCCCCAGGUAUCAGAGACAAGUACAAGCCUGCUGAGGGAGCCGUCAAGGCCAAGCCCAAGCCCAAGCCAAAGUCCACUGCUGCUGCUACUGAAAUUGUGGCCUGAGGUGCCGCUGUUCUUAGAGCUAUUUUAGUAAUUUUUCACACACACAUAAAAAACAAAAAGAACAGGCUUGUUGUCCAGUUGAACAAUGCCUUGUCGCUCAUGUCUUCUAACAUGAUUUUCUAAUCUCGCGCACUGUUUCCGCUACCAUUAUCAAUCGAGAUGAGAAUAAAAAUUUUUAUUUUUAUUUUUUGAAUACCAAAC